AUGAUCAUUUGGGCCAUUUUGAUCUUUUGGGCUUCUGGAGGUCGACCUGAUAACAGUGGUGAAAUUGUCUCAUUGCAAACAUUCCAGCUGGGAGAUGAUGUUACAGUCAAAUGUUUCUUGACAAAAAAAAGUUUUGACAACACAAUGGUUUGGUAUAAACAGAGCACUGAUCAGAUUCCUCGUCUUAUUGCAUUAACACACAAUUAUUGGAAAGAUAUCCAAAUUGAGAAUGAAUUUAAAGACGGGAGAUUCGAUAUUUCAGCAAGUGAAGAUUCUUUUCACCUCAACAUCAAAGCUACAACCAAGGAGGACAUCGGAAAAUACUACUGUGGGACAGUUUUCUUGAAUAAAAUAGAAUUUAUUUCUGGAGCACAUCUGAUGCUAAAAGAUAACAAUAAUCCAAAAGUAUGGGAUCCUGUGUUACUUUGCUUGAUAUCCUGCAAUGUUGUGUUUGUGAUGGUAAUAAUCAUACUUUUGGUUGAUUAUUAUAAAAACUGGAGAAAAAGGCAAAAAGGAUCUAAAAAUGUAGCAUCUCCGUCAUAUGAGAUUGGAGAUUCAGAUGUGAAUUACGCGGCUGUGAAUUUUGCCUCUGUCCCUCCGGCCAGAAGAUCAAACAACAGACAUCUAACUGAAUACAGUGAAGUGAUCCACAAGCCGCGAGAUCCCAUGCUUAAACAGAGUUUCUUCACAAAAUGA